AUGGCGCUGCGGCGCCUCCUGCUGCUGCUGCUGCCGCUGCUCUCGCUCCAGCCCUUGGACCUGCUGCCCGGAGCCUGGGGCGCCCGCGGCCGCGCCGCCAACCGGACCCUGAGCGCCGGCGCCGCGGCCGUCGGGGGCCGGCGGCCCGGGGGCGCCCUGGCCCGGGGCGGCCGCGAGCUGAACGGCACCGUCCGGGCGCCCGGCGGCCCGGAGGCGGGGAGCCGGCGGGGACAGCCAGCAGCGGCGGUGGCGGCGGCCAGCGCGGCCGUCACCUACGAGACGUGCUGGGGCUACUACGACGUGAGCGGCCAAUACGACAAGGAGUUCGAGUGCAACAACAGCGAGAGCGGCUACCUGUACUGCUGCGGCACCUGCUACUACCGCUUCUGCUGCAAGAAGCGCCACGAGAAGCUGGAUCAGCGCCAGUGCACCAACUACCAGAGCCCGGUGUGGGUGCAGACGCCCAGCACCAAGGUGGUGUCGCCGGGGCCCGAGAACAAGUACGACCCGGAGAAGGACAAGACCAACUUCACCGUCUACAUCACCUGCGGGGUGAUCGCCUUCGUCAUCGUGGCCGGCGUCUUCGCCAAGGUCUCCUAUGACAAGGCCCACCGCCCGCCGCGGGAGAUGAACAUCCACAGGGCUCUGGCUGACAUCCUAAGACAACAGGGACCAAUCCCCAUAGCACACUGUGAAAGAGAAACUAUCUCGGCCAUCGAUAGCUCUCCCAAAGAGAACACGCCGGUCCGAUCGUCCUCCAAAAACCACUACACCCCCGUGCGCACGGCCAAGCAGACUCCAGGACAUUAUGGGAAGGAUGCUUACCGAAGUGGAGGACCUGAUCUCCAUAACUUCAUCUCAUCUGGAUUUGUCACAUUAGGAAGAGGACACACGAAGGGUGAUCAUCAAUAUAACCAUCCGAUUUUAAGCAGCGCUACCCAGACCCCUACACAUGAGAAGCCUCGGAUGAACAACAUCCUGACAUCGGCCACCGAGCCCUAUGACCUCUCCUUCUCACGCUCCUUCCAGAACCUGGCCCACCUGCCCCCAUCCUACGAGUCUGCAGUGAAGACCCACCCCAGCAAGUACUCAUCCCUGAAGAGGCUAACCGACAAGGAGGCUGACGAGUACUACAUGAGGCGGCGGCACCUGCCUGACCUGGCCGCCCGCGGCACCCUCCCCCUCAACGUCAUCCAGAUGUCCCAACAGAAGCCGCUGCCUCGCGAGCGACCCCGCCGGCCCCUCCGGGCCAUGUCGCAGGACCGGGUCCUUUCCCUGGAGCGAGGCCUGCCGGACGACUUCGGCCUGCCCUACGACCGCCUCCUCUCGGACGAGCAGCUGCUCUCCACUGAGCGCCUGCACUCCCAGGACCCGCUGCUGUCCCCGGAGCGGACGGCCUUCCCCGAGCAGUCCCUGGCGCGGGCCAUCUCGCACACGGAUGUCUUCGUGUCCACGCCCGUGCUGGACCGCUACCGCAUGACCAAGAUGCACUCGCAUCCCAGUGCCUCGGAUAACUCGUACGCCACCCUGGGCCAGAGCCGCACGGCGGCCAAGCGCCAGGCCUUCGCCUCGCGCAGACACAACACCGUGGAGCAGCUGCACUACAUCCCGGGCCACCACACCUGCUACACCGCCAGCAAGACGGAAGUGACCGUGUGAGCGGCGGCGGCCCGGCGGCGGCCGGGGCCUGGGCCGCAGCUUCCGGGCCUGGACGCGGCCCCUCCCCUCGUCCUCUCUCGCUGGGGCCGGGGGUGGGCCGCCUCUC